AUGAGUCUGGAAGCGAUUCGCUACCGCAGAGGAUCCCUGCAAAUCCUCAACCAGCUCCUGCUGCCUCAUCAGAGCCUCUACGAGGAGAUCAGCAGCGUGCGUCAGGGCUGGGAGGCCAUCCGGGCCAUGAAGGUGCGUGGUGCUCCAGCCAUUGCCAUUGUAGGCUGCCUGAGCAUAGCAGUGGAGUUGCACAAUAAAGGAAAUGCAGAAUGGAGUGUGGGCAGCCUGGAAAUGUUUGUGGCAGACUCAUUGAGCUUCCUUGUGAGUGCCCGACCCACUGCUGUCAACAUGGCCCGGGCAGCUCAGGAGCUGGGCCACUUUGUCCACCAGGAGGCCAAGCGUGAAGGGACUACUGCUGCGAGUUUGCGAGAAAGUGUGAUUGGCUGGGCAGAAGCCAUGCUGGAUAAAGACCUGAAAGACAAUAAAAGCAUCGGGGAACAUGGGGCAUGUCACCUCCUGCAACGAGUAGGGCAGGACAAAGUUAUAGUCCUGACCCACUGCAACACAGGCUCACUGGCGACUGCUGGCUAUGGCACCGCACUUGGUGUGAUUCGCUCCCUGCAUGCCAUGGGUCAUCUGGAGCAUGUCUACUGCACAGAGACACGACCAUACAACCAAGGAGCACGGCUGACUGCCUACGAGCUGGUUUACGAGAAGAUUCCUGCCACACUCAUCGCUGACAGCAUGGUCUCUAUGGCCAUGAAGGAGAAAAAGAUAUCAGCUGUCUUUGUGGGAGCAGACCGAGUUGUUGCCAAUGGAGACACUGCUAACAAAGUGGGUACUUAUCAGCUGGCUAUUGCUGCAAAGUACCAUGGGAUCCCCUUCUAUGUGGCAGCACCCAGCACUUCAUGUGACCUGAGCUUAGAACAUGGCAGACAAAUUGUUAUUGAAGAGCGGCCAAGCCAGGAGCUGACGGACAUCAGUGGUGUGCGGGUUGCAGCACCAGGCAUUGGUGUUUGGAACCCGGCGUUUGAUGUCACCCCUCAUGAACUGAUAACGGGCGGCAUUGUAACUGAAUAUGGUGUCUUUGCUCCUGCUGAACUGCAAGCAGCACUGAUGCAGAACAUGGGAAAAGUAUGAAGUACUCAAACCAGGCUGUUUGGAUUUCUGGACAACAGUGUGGAUCAGGGCAGAUUUUGAAUCCCAUAUUUCAGCAUUAUGGGAAUGUGUUUCUAAGUUAGCUCUUUGUAUUUGUAUAUUUUGUUAAUCAAUACCGAUGACUCCUCCCUGCCCCUAACUAAGCAGAGUGUGUGAGUGCUGCGUGAACACACACCACUGUGGGCCUUGCAGUUUCUGUUAAAUAUGGUCCCUGUGUAAUGCCUUGUUCCUGAGACGCUGCUUGCACAGUGUGCUAGGAUGAUGAGUAUCUGGCUCUUGAGCAAUUUGUGACUCUUGAGACCCUCUGCUGCAGCCAAGAGCUAUGUUCUUCCACUUGUGUGAAGCACUUCAGGAACAUUGGAAAAUCGUUCUAUAUCUCAAGGCAGAACUUAUUCCCUUGACAUCCUUAGGGCAAAACUUACUGUCUUGAAUAUUUUACAAGUACCAGAAUGCCACUGAAAGAAAACUACAAUAAUCCUGCUUGCACAAAAGCAAAAUAAUUCAUAUGUGCAUUUUUUCUCUGUGGAUUUUCUCUGCAUUUUUCUCUCUUUUGUAUUUAGUUUUUUCCUAUAUUCCUUUUUCUGUGCCUUUUGCUCUGAUUUGCUUAAUAGGCCUGCUUCAUAUGACAGUCCAGAACAUGGAAUGAGCAUGAAUUGUCAUUAAAUUGUGGCUUAUUGUUGAAUCAGGGCUUGUUACAUGUGAAUCCACAAACUAUGGAUCAACCACAAACAGCUUAGGAAGAGAAUCAUGGCUUGUUGGGCUGUGAACUCUGGGUUGUUCAUGGUUAACAACUCAUAGUUAAACCAUAGUGCAGGGUUUUCAUAUAAUGACAUAAUGAUUUAUGACAUUUCACAUGAUGAGUCUACAGCAAUCCACACUACAUACUCUAAGUGCAGAGUCAGUGUGGUCAAAAGUGCUGGUUUACAAUUCAAGAGAUCUGGGUUCGCGUCCCAAUGAGCUUCAUGGGUGACCUCUAACCAGUCACAGACUCUCAGUGUAGCCUACCUUACAGGGUUGUUGUGAGGAUGAAGGAGGAGAACUUUGUAAGUUGCCUUGGAUUUUGUGCAAGAAUAUAAAUACAAUAUGAUGAUGUAGAGAACAGAUGAUUGUAUCAUGAAUAAAUAGAUUUCUUUGACAUAGGGAAAUCAUGCAAAUUCUGUUUUCUAGGAAGUUGUUAUUUUUUAUGGAAGGGAAAGCACUAGGAAGAUGUGUGAAAAUUAGUAAUUAUUAUUACUGUUAUUAAUUAUAUUUCUAUACCACCCUCAAUAGCCAAAGAUCUUUGUCUUCUUACCAGUUGCUUAGCUUUUGUAGCAGGAAGAUACGGUUUCUGCAUUGGACCAAAGCUCCAUUUAAGCUAGCACACUCCAGCCAACUACCCCUGGGAAGCUUGUAAGCAGGGCAUGAUGGAGGUUCCCAAACUUGUUUGUUAGUGUGGUAAUUAGAGCAAAAUUCCUGUGGUAAGUAUACAGCAAACACACAUCAUGAACAGGCAUGUUUGUGUCUUGUUUCUGUUUGUUUCCCUUUUAGGUUAAAUGGAAUAUUUGCCCAAAGGAAAACAUUUGGUUAAGUCCCCAAGUCUUUCCUUAGAGAAAAUAUAAUGAUGUGAGCCGCCCCGAGGCUUCGGCGAAUGGGGCGGCAUAAAAAUGUUUUAAUAAAUAAAUAAAAUAAAUAAAUACAGUGAUAAUGCCAGCUCAAAACACCCCCUUACUCCAAAAUUAUGUCUUAAUUUGAGUGGAUUUGUGUUAUUGACUGUUGAGGCUUCAGAUUGGCUUGUCUUGAUGAUUCCUGAAGAUCACCACUUAAGAUCAGUGUUUUCAAACUACUCUUAAAGUCUCACUAGUUUUGUACUUUAGCAUGACAUUAAUCUUAAAGCAAGAAGAGCUGACUUUCUUUGCAACAAUGUCUUUUACCCAGUUAUGUUCCAAAGAAUCUGUUGCAUUACCCCUAUUCUCUAUACUCCCUUCUUGAUUUAUAUGGAAAUUGAUUGAGGCACUAAAGUUUAGAGAUAGAGACUUGACUAAACAAAUCUAGUAGAUUUGAGGAAGUGUGAUUUGGACAAAGGGCAUUUUGGCUGAGUUUCAAACAAUGCAUUUAGGACCUGUACACAUGAUACAGAAGAAUAGCAAAAGUUGCCAUUUAUUUAUUUAAAACCUCUAUAACCUGUCUCUCUUCCUGAAGCAACUAACAGCAAAAAUCAUGAAAUGUAUAUGUGUGUAACACUAUCUGUAAGCUCCUGCUCAGCUGCCUUACAUCUGCUGUUUCUUCGUUUAUACCGACAAUUUUCUGUGGAAGUUCGAGAAUAACCAGUGUGAUAAGCAUGCUCACUGCUGAUUAAUUUAGAUGUAUGAACAGGAUGGAUAAAUACAUUAUCAAGAGGUUGAGUGCAGUGGUCUGAAUCCCACUUCUUUUAGUCAAGCUACCGUUUCUUAACUGUUUUUUAUCCACCUCAGAAUAUGGAAAUAAUAAUGUAAUACUUAGCACAGCUGUCAUAAGAAUUAACCAUGGUAAUGCAUGUGAAGUGCUUUGAAAUGGAACAUGUGCUGUAGAAAUCUUCAGUAUUCUGAUUGGCAAACUGCUGACUUUCUGCUAAUCUCACAGCUGUUAAUGACGCAAGAGUUAUGUCAAAAAAUACAAGAAAAAAGAUAACUUUCAGAUAGAGAAGAAGGAUAUAUGGGUUAAGCAUAGAAGCAGAGCACUAUCUUCCUGCCAUCUGGUUACAGGAAAGACAAUGAAGAAGCAGGCCAGGCCCAUAAAUUCAUUAAUUUUUUGACCUUGUUAGGCCUUAAUAAUUUAUAGAAGGAAUUUAAAAUUCAUAGCAAGUCAUAGCAUGAAAAUAGAAGUCAUGGGAGUCUUUAUUUAUCCUACUGGGAAAAUUGCCUUAGCUAGGUUAAGUUGGCAUGAUUGGCCAUUAUUUGCAGCAGCUGCAAAUCAGAGACCCAUGUUUAAAUUUUUGUUUCAUUAAUUAAAUGAACAGAAUUUGAACACUUACCGAUGUGUGUUAUGAUUGUUACGCAGCCAGUGAUCAAAUCUGCUAUAACUGUCUGAUCGGUAUAGUGAAGUUGCAUUUGACUGAGCCUAAUGAUUUUUGUUUCAGCAACUCACAGAUGGGCUCCUGAUGCACUGUGUUCAUGAAACGCGCUAAUGUGAAAAUUUGCUUUAAGGUCAGGGUGAUUUAAAUAGCCUGUCAAGAGAAGCUUUUAGAACACCCAGUGUGUGACUAUAAUCCACAAGAUUUCUCAUUAGGCAUGCCUUAUAUUAAGCAUUGAUUUUGGCUCAGUUCCUUCAGGUGGAAAGUAGCUCUGUCAGCAGUGUGGGGUAGUAGUCGGUGCUUUAAAAAUAAUUUCUUUCUCCAGAAGUUGUAAUGCCUAUUUAAUGUUCUUGUUGGAAAGGUUAACACCAGUUAUUGUUGUAUUUUUUUCCACCUGCUGGCAUUUCAACUGUGUAUUGUGGGUCAAACAAUUAGCAAUCACCCAGCAAUCAUGAACAUUUUCUUUGCACAGUGUGGAUGUGGUAUAACUGAGAAUUUUUGCCAAGAGCAGGUUAACAGAUAAUUUACUCACCAUCAUGGAAGAAGUAGAGUUAAUUUUCAGCUAUUCUUAUUGUGUUAUAUGUAUGAUGCCAUAUGUGCACCUUUUGAUUCUUAUGCAAAUAAAUAUGUUAAUGAUAUUUUUAUUCCAACAA